CAAAACGAGCGCACCCUGUCAUUCUCCUUGCUCUUAUAACGUUUGGAAAGGACAAGUGAAAAAGGUCCAUACCUGUAAUAUGCUUGAGAUAGCGUAACUCGAGAGUCUCCCGGUGGCAUUGUAGACUGCCUGUCGACACCGUUUAACGUCAUAAACGUCUGUUACUCAGAAUGUUUCAAAGGAGUGAAAGCUUGAGAUAUUUCCUGAGCCUUGUGCCAGGUAAACGUCAAUUUGGGACGUACAGGUUUCUACCUAUCUUUUUUUGCAUCGGAGGCGUCAUGGAGUGGAUCAUGAUCAACGUGAGGAUAGGACCAGAAACUUUCUAUGAUGUCUACCGAAGAAAACGGUCCGAACGGGAGUACCAGCAGAAGAUAGCAGACGGUCUGAUAGUUGUUAAUGAGCCUGCAGCCAAGUGAACAGUGGUGUGAUUCAAUGUGGACUCCACGUGUGUCGUCUAAGGACACAUUCUUGGACUCUUCCUGCCUUGAUUAUUUCCAGCUGGAUUGAACUUUACAGCGUGCUAUUCAGUUACAACAACAGUGUCACAAUUAUGAACAUUUUUAAGGCUUAAAGUAUGAAAGGCUGGUGGAGAAAUCAACUUCCAACAUGCACAUUUUAUUGUUAAUAUGGUCCUCAGCUUAAGAAACAUUAGCAGUAAUAAUAGCACUAGUGUGAGAUCAAGGCUGAAAACAGUGGCCUCAUUUGUUCAUAAUAGCCAUACCAAGGUCUCACUAAUGAUUUGAUUCUAAAACAUUGCAUAGCAUCUACAAAGAUGAAAAAAAGCUGUCAGCCAAACUGUAACAAAACAAAAAAUUACGAAAAAGUAUCACUGUAUUUAUAGAUAUCUUGGAUGAUUUUGCACAGAUGUUUUUAAUACUGGCAGAUAGCACCGAUAAGAAACAAAAACCACUCGCUCUUUCUUCCCUCUUGGCUAAAUCUUGCUCUUCUAUAAAUUUUAUCUGAUUAUAAAAAAAAAACAGUUAAGCUGCAUGAGAUUCACUGCUGAAACGUUUAAAGUCCUGAACUGUACAAUUGAUUUAUUGAGUAUAUAAAAAUGUAACUUAUGAACUGUA